AUGUUCUCCCUCUUCAGCAAAACCAAUCCCCAGUCAGCACCGGAGAAUACCUCCUCGGGGCUAGAGCACACGACACCGACACAACCCACAGAAACCAAAAGCCAGACCAUUCCCAAAUCCUCACCAGAACCUGAGGCCGAAACAUUCGAACUCCGCUUCAUCAAACCCAACACGAAAUACAAGCUUCUUUUCGGAGGGUUAGCAUUCCUAGCAUUCUCACUUGCAAGCACACGUCGAGCGCUCCGAACACGAUACGUGGCUUCGAUCCCGCCGUUCUACACGAGUUCCGUAUUCCAUCGCCCGCAGGUGAACGGGGGCACGGAGGCGUUUGAGGCGCUGAGUCUUGCGACGUUGAAUGUGAUUUCGGUUGGGAUGGUAGCGAGUGGGGCGGCGUUGUGGGCGCUGGAUAUCAAUGCGGUGGACGAUAUGAGGCGGUAUGUGCGACGGGGAUACGCUGAUGGAGGCGAGGUGUCGAAGAUGGAUGAGGAGUUGGAGGAGGAGGUGGCGCAGUGGGUGGGGAGUGUACUAGGGAAGAAGUUUGAGAGGGAGGUGAGGAAGGAGCAGGAGCGAACUCGGGAGAAAUGA